AUGCCAAUCGACAAAUCCUGGCCCGGUUACAAUAAAGGGACCGUUCCCGACGAUGGAUUCGAAUGGAUAUGGCAAGAAGCGAUCCCUGGAGAUGAGCCAAAUAGGCCGGUAAAAGUGGUGACUAUCCCUUUUGGCUACGAGAAGCGCGUCCUGCCUCGAGGAUGGCAGAAAACACCCGAGAACAUGCCCCUGGAGCUGGACAUUAUCUUCGAGAAAGACGUCGAGAUCGUCCUGCGAGAUGGGGUCAAGAUAUAUGCCGACAUCUACCGGCCUGCCGACACGGGCGGCAAGAAAAUCCCAAUCAUUAUGCCUUAUUCUCCGUAUGGGAAAGGAGGAGGUGGCGCGAACCUCAUGGACGUUGUGCCCUAUCGGGUUGGAGUGCCAAAGAGUCGACAAAGCGGGCUUGAGAAGUUUGAAGGGCCCGAUCCCAACGAGUGGUGUCGUCGGGGCUACGCCAUUCUCGACCCUAAUGCCCGUGGAUCAUUCGACAGCGAGGGGAACUUGCAUUACUUUGGGCGCAAGGAGGGCGAGGACUGUUACGACAUCAUCGAGUUUGCUGCCAAGUACGAGUGGUGUAACGGUGCCGUCGGCAUGGCUGGUAACUCCUGGCUCGGUGUCGUGCAAUACUGGGCCGCCAUGGAGCAACCGCCUCACCUCAAAGCCAUUGCCCCGUGGGAAGGCCUCAGCGACGUUUACCGCGACCUCAGUCGCCGAGGGGGCAUCGCGUGGGCGCCAUUUUUGAAAUGGGUCCUUAUGGGUAUCCCAGGUCGCGGUCUCCAAGAGGCUGUCACGGAGAUGGGUGACCAGCAUGAGUUUUACGACGCGUAUUGGGAGUCGAAAAAGGUGGAUUUCAGCAGAAUCAAAAUUCCGUCCUAUAUCCUGGCCUCGUACUCGACCAUGUUGCACACCAUGGGCUCGGUGAGAGCAUGGAAGUACACCAACACAGACCAGAAAUGGCUGCGCUUCCAUCCCCACCAAGAGUGGUACGAGGACUACUUCUACCGCUCGGUCGACGAUUUGGACCGCUUUUUCGCGAAGUAUCUCAAGGGAGAAGACAACGGCUGGGAGAACACGCCCAAAGUUCGUGUCUCAAUGUAUCGAUUCGGAGAAAAGUACCCUCUCGAAGACCAGGUCGAAGCGGACUAUCCGAUCCCUCGCACCAAAUACACAAAACUAUACCUGACAGCGAAUAAAAAGCUGCAAGAAUCACCCAGCAGCGAAGAAGCCGUCCACUCUUACGACUCCACCAACGGUGACAUGAUCACAUACGACUACAUUUUCCCCGAGCGAACCAAGCUCGCCGGCUUUUCGAAGCUCAAGGUUUUCGUGUCUUGUCAAGAGCACAACGACCUCGACAUCUACGUCAUGUUACGGAAGUUGUCCGUGGACGGCGAGCUGAUGGAACAGUCCAACGUCCCUCUCCACGAGCUGCCCGUGAAAUCAGUCAAGGAGGUCGCUAACGUGAACCCGACAAAGUAUCUCGGUCCUACCGGCAUUCUUCGCGCCUCGCACAGAGAACUCGACCCGGAGAAGUCUACAGAGUAUUGGCCUGUCCAUCCGCACUUGCGCGCCGACUAUGUCGAGCCUGGAAAUGUUGUCGAGAUGGAUAUUGGCAUUUGGCCCAUGGGUAUCGUGUACGAGAAGGGCGAGGGUUUGCGUCUGCAGAUAUCGGGCAAGACCAUGGUGUUGCCGGAAUGGGACAACCCUCAUGUUAAACAUAUGGAACCGCAGUUCAACAAAGGACAUCACCGGGUGCAUCUGGGUGGCAAGCAUGCGGAGAGUUUCCUGCUGGUGCCCAAGUUGUAG